UGUUGUAGCAGUCAGCUGUUCGUGCGGUCGACAAACUGUAUUUGCUACUUUUAUUUCGUUACUAAAGGAAACUCAGUGUCACGGAUCUUGUUUGUCAUCGUAUCCUGAUUCCUCUGGGAAAUGCCUGUUUACAAGCAUCGCCACGGAUAGACUCCAGCAGACACCUGCUCUCCUCCCGUAACCAUGGCAGUGAUCUCCUCCUGGUUCACUCUGUUCUUCUUCAUCCUCUUCAGCAGGGUCAUGGAAAGCCCGCUGCUGGGUGCCGAGGUGAAGGACGGCGAGAUUCUGCCCCCCACCAUACAGAAGCUGAUGAAAGGGUACAACAAGUACCUUCGACCAUUCUUCGACAAUGGCCCUGUGGCUGUGGGGAUGAGUUUGGACAUUGCCAGUAUUGACACUAUAUCAGAGAUCAACAUGGACUACACUGCCACCAUCUUCCUGAGGCAGCGCUGGACGGACGAAAGGCUGGUGUUUCAGGGCAACAAGAGUCUGAGCCUGGACGGACGUCUGGUGGAGCUUCUGUGGGUUCCAGACACCUUCAUUGUGGACUCCAAGAAGUCGUUCCUGCAUGACAUCACAGUGGAGAACCGACUGAUCCGAAUCUUCCCCAACGGAACUGUGCUUUACGCUCUGCGGAUCACCACCACUGUGGCUUGCAACAUGGACUUGACUAAAUACCCCAUGGACAAGCAGACGUGCACCCUGCAACUGGAAAGCUGGGGCUAUAACAUCAAUGAUGUGAUGUUUUACUGGGCAAGAGGGAAUGAUUCCGUCAGCGGGUUGGACACUCUUCGUCUGGCCCAAUACACUGUCGAGGAUCAUUACACUUCUGUGUCAGAGGCCAUGUAUGAGACAGGAAAUUAUCCUAAGCUCAUCUUCCACUUUGAGCUGAAGCGAAGCAUUCUGUAUUUCAUCCUGGAAACCUAUGUGCCCUCAAGCCUCCUAGUCGUCCUCUCCUGGGUGUCCUUCUGGAUCAGCCAGUCAUCAGUGCCUGCUCGCAUUUGCAUAGGAGUGACCACAGUCUUAACGAUGACCACCCUGAUGAUGGGGGCGCGGACGUCUCUGCCCAACGCCAACUGCUUCAUCAAGGCUAUAGACGUCUAUCUGGGCAUCUGUUUCAGCUUCAUCUUUGGGGCCCUGAUUGAAUACGCUGUCGCUCAUUUCUGCACACUUCACCAUCCAGACUGCAACCACGCACUAAUGUACCGAGGACACCACCCACAGGACUGCGACGAGGAGGUGAAUGGCGUUGUCACCACCAUUGCCAGUGAUUCGAGCAGAGCUAAGCGCCGCAAGGAACCUUCUGACCAGGCACCCGCCAGGGCCGCCACAGCCGAACCGGACCCCGUGCCGCACGCCCCCGCAAGCCCAGAGGCCAAGCCCCCGCGGGCCCUGAGCAAGCCCCUGGCCCGCUGUGUCCGAAACCUGUCCCUCGUACGACAGAUGCUGCGUUCCGUGAACUGCUGUCACGUAGAGAACCCACAUUACAUAGACAACUACUCCCGCGUCACCUUUCCACUCUCCUUCGUCAUAGUGAACAUGCUCUACUGGACUUACUACCUGUACUUGUAAUACCGCAGAGACGGACAGCGUUUGUGGGAGUUCCCAUUUGGUUUAAUAUUAAACAGUGACAUAUAUGUUUGCCUGAGCAUGAACCGAUGUUAGUGUCUUUAUCUAUGUGUGAGAUGUUCUCCUGUGUGGCAUGUAUAUAUAUGGAAAGGCCUGAAUUACACGAUGAGAGUAAGUAAUUGAGAGUGUGGGCUGAGAAUAAGGAGAACAUAUGCAUGAAGGAGUGACUGUGUUAGUGUGCGCGCGUGUGUUUGUAUCUGCAUAUUUUAGGUGCCUGAGUGCGUAUGCGGGUCCUUAAUCACCAUAAUUAGGUUGUUGUUGGAUCGUGUUCAGAUUUCUAAUUCUGGCUCAGACGCUGAAACUUUAACAUGCAAAUCUGAUGCAAUAAGAUGUCAAAGAAAGAGACCUAAACCCCAAGUCCACUCAUAGACUACAUUAAUUUUCCCGGAUGAUCUGUCUUCAUUUCAAAUCUUUUAUUUAGCAAUGCCUUCGAGCGUCACCGUUCAACAGCAUUGUCCUGUAAUGUAAUGUGUUAUUAGGCACUUGACCAGACGUUGCCCUGCUGCUCGCUGUAGCUAUGCCACCCUGGGGCUUUGCACUGAGUAAUGGUGAUUCUUGAACUGCUGGGCGGAGCUGCUGGGGGUACACUGAAGGUAUUGCUCUCCCUUUAUUGCCUCAGUAAAUUCUCUGGCCCCGGCUCCAUCCCGCUCGCUUGGCUCCCAUUGCAGGCCUGCAUAAACGGGUUUAUAUGAUUUGGCAUUAAAUUAUUCGUUUUGCAGCCUAUUCGACAAGCAGGCAACAUGCCAUGGCUGCAUGUGGUUGCAGGGAAACGGGGCAUUGAUGUACAAAAUAGAGCUUGACUCCCACUGUACUGUCUCAGCUAUACCCUUCAUCCUCAGAACGGACUGCCUAAAGAAGAGGCGACAACUCAGAACCCCGAGUCCAGUUCCAAGUCUUUGAUUUUGCAAUCACCUGCAGCUAAUUGAAUGGUUAAUGCAACUGAUUGCUUGAUUGUCACCCGAGACCAAGGUGAAGGGAGGGUGUGAGUAUGAAGUACCUGGAACUCAAGGGUUGUGAUGUGAACACCUAUGUUCUAUGGCACAAAUGAACUAAGAGUUCUUACAAAUCUUGAGAGCGAAUUCUGGUUUGGUGGCCUGAGGUUUGCCCCCCCCCCAGCCUGUGCGGUUACUGACGUGGAACCCGGGGAUGGAAAAAUGAAGCACUUUCUAUUGGCAAAUGAAAGACUUAUUUUGUUUACUAAUAUUUAAUUAAGUAUUUUUGGUCAAAAUAGCCUCUAGCUCACACUACUGUCAUCUAUUUGGGGGAGGGGGGUGUCAUUUUCUUUCACUGCUGGUUCCCAGGGCAUCCUGGGUCCUCAGCAAACAGAGAAGGAAUUUCAAGGAAUUCCUAAUUUAAGUCCAAAAUUAGAUUUAGCCGACAGUGUGUUCAGGAAAUGGCCUUGUAGAUGAUUUGAUAUAAGGCUGUUCAGAAAGGGUGACAGGCCAUGGGCAUGUUGGUUUAUAGAAACAAUUUGUAUUAAUGUAUUGAUAAAGCACAGCAUGAAAUCCAAAAAGAUCCAUUUUCUGGACAGGACCGGAUAUGACAGAAUGUAAUGUGUUGAACGUCAGGGCUUAGACUGGCUAAAUGCACGGCCAAGCCAUACAGCACCCACGGCACUUCCCUUCCAAGGCCUUCCAUCUGGAACAAAGCGUUACAAGUGCUUGAAUUUGUAUUUGUAAUUAUUGCAUGCGAUUUCCCUUCUUGACUAUAAAGAGGUUAUAAUACAUGAUGAUUCUCCAUGUAAAUUUAUAUUUACGAAUAUGAUAUGAUAUUAUAAUAAGCCAGAGGAUAGAGAAUGGUACAAAUGCCCUCUGUGGCUAUUUAUUGUAAAUAUGGAAUAAUUUUUAAACGAUAAUGUAAAUGUGAACUCAUUUUGUUUCUCCAUUAAGAAAUACAGUUGAAUUGUUCAGAAUUUGGUUUGUUACCUUGGUGGCUGAAGGAAUUUAACUACAAAAUGAUACACAAAUUAAUUUUGUGGUUAAAAUAAAAUUGACCACAUAUUAUCUACUGAAUGUUAAAUACAGUGAAAGUAGUGUAUAGUGAUAAUCUUUUCAUAUAUGAAAAAACAUUUGAAGAGCUUGAACAUUUAGAAUUUUGUGCUGAAAGCAUUUUUAUGUCAGUCAGUGUGCCAACUGGCCGGUAAUUUAUUUCUCUGGUAAUUUAUUUCUAUGCUUUGUAGAACAAAGCAUAGAACUUGAAUUGCUUCAAACAUACGUAAUGAUAAGGAGGCUCAUGUGAAGCUUUGGUCUCUGCAAGGAGUGGAGUGCUCAUUUUUUAGAACUUUCCUGUGCAUGUGAUCUGUGGGAGCAUCGUUUAAAAAAUAAGCCAUUCUUUUUUCAGCACUGGGGGUCUCUCAUAGUUUUUGCACUUGAAACACACAGUUGUGAAAUACCGUACAACAGUUGUCCCACAAGCAGCUCUGAGGUUAUUAUCAGAGAAUAUGGACAACAUAAAUGUUGUUUAUUUAGCAGGAAGCUCAUUACGUGAAUGCGCUGCAGUACUAGAUAUAAUCUGACUAGCAAUCCCAGAGAUUCCUUAAUGGGGGUUUUAGGACUUUAUUUAUAAUUACUUUUAGCAUUGCUAAAGCAUUUGCUCCUGAAAAUUUCUUAUACAUGUCACAUUAGAAGUGAUUUUACCGCAUUCCAGUGUCUGACCCAAACAAGCACUGGACUCCUAGUUAGUGUAUGGGAUACUGGUGCCUUAUAUCUUAACAGGAAAAUGCUGACCAGAAACCAAAGAUUAAGACAAAAUGGAUGUGCUUAAGUCUAAUAGCAAAAGCAAUCAAAUGAUUCAACAAUAGCACACUGAGUAAAACAGCUAAUCCUUACCCUGAGGUACCCCCAAAGCUCUUAAUUAUUCUUUUAAAUUCCUGUUUUGAAAAAUACAUUUUGAACAAUGAGACUUUUUUUUGUCUUAUACUUCCUCGGCUCUCACGGUACCUGCAGGUUAAUACAACCUUACGGACGCGUUAAUGACAUCAGUGCAUCGUUUAGCUGGGUGUGACUGUAGGAACUAAGAAGUUAAACUAAGAAGAAACUAACAGGAAGUCUGCACUGCACUCUGCUCCUUUAAAGGUUUCGCUUCUUUUAACCGUGACACGUCAGCAGUGGGUUUCAUGGAGGACAUCUGAAGAUCCGCCUACAGUCGAUAUACCGUACAUGUGUUCUGUAACAUUGAAACACGCAGUGUUUGUUAGCUGAAAAGAGGAUGUACAUAGGUUGUUACACUAUGCAUGGUUUUAUUUUUCUCGAUGUAUUAUGAUAGUGGUAAUAAACAAAAAGUAUAGUGUCUUUUUUA